AUGGAGUUUCAAUUGAGGAUUCCAGAGAAAUUUGUGAUGGAAUAUGGUGAUGGUCUAUCAAAUCCAAAGUAUCUGAAGCUCCCACGUGACUUGGGUCACUGGCUAGUUUUUGGAUAUGAAGUGAAUUCCAAAUUCUGUGUUUGCAUAUUUGAUGGAAGUUGCACAGAGGUUUACUAUCCAUUAACAAUGCCCCAGAUGGAAGAAACUCUAUGCGAUGAUGAUUCUCAUGACGGUUUUCGUGAUGUCUCUUUUGAAGAUUCUGAUGAGAAUUCUGUUGAAAUGUUUUAUUUUCCACCCUGCCCAAGGAAAACAAGGGAGAAAUCUACAUUGCCUUGUCCUCGGCCUCACAAGAAAUGCAGAAGAAGUUCAAGUGGUGGUGGAGGCACAUCUGGCAAUCGAACUGGGAAAGCUACAGCUCUUGACAGAGCUAAUGCUUUCAAAUCGCAGAACCCUUCUUCUUUUAUUGUUUCCAUGAGACCCAAUUACAUCAAUAAUUGGAGUUUGCGGUUGCCAUCUGAGUUUCACAAGCUACAUCCUAUUAAGCAUUCCUGUGAAGUCAUCCUUCAAGUUUCGAAUGGGAGAACUUGGUCUGUUGAUUUGAACUGUGGUAAAGGAAGGACCACAUUGGGCAUGGUUGGAUGGACGUUCGGUGUACCUUUAUUUGAUGUUGUCAUUUUCCGCUCUGGAGAAGGUUCAAAGUGUACCAAUGAUGGGGAACAACAGUACCUACGAUGGAAGAAAACUGAUAAUGAAGACGGUGAUUCGAUUGACGAUUCAAGUGAUGAUUUUGGUGAUGAUUCCAGUGACGAUUCUGUUGAAAUCUUGGACAAGUUUCCACCCCCAAGAAAAACAAGGGUUGUGAAAAGAUCUUGA